UCCAGCUGUAUGCAGGCGUGUUUCAGAUUUUAAAUAAUUCAGGUAAUACUAUUAUCAAAUGUUUUUCUAUUUAGCCCCAUUACUAUCAGGGGAGAUUUUGACAUUGCAAAACAUUCAUGGAAAAUAAUACUUCUGCAUCACUUGGUGAUCAUGAUCCAUUUAAGGUGUUUGGAUCUUGUCAGUCAUGUUCAAGAGAAUUAGAUAACAAAGAAUUGUUAUCACUAAUAAUAAAGUGUGUCAAUUUUGCAGCAAUAAAACACAAAUAUGAAAAAAGAAAAGAUGCAGAAGGAACACCAUAUAUAAAUCACCCUAUAGGUGUUGCAAAUAUUUUGAUUCAGGAAGGCCAAAUUUAUGAUCCUGUUGUAAUUGUAUCAGCUCUACUACAUGAUACAGUAGAAGAUACAGAUACUACACUUGCAGAAAUAGAAGGACAGUUUGGUACAGAGGUUUGUAAUAUAGUUAAAGAAGUAACUGAUGACAAAAGUUUGCCUAAACAAGAACGUAAAAGAUUGCAAAUAGAAAAUAGUCCUAAAUUAAGUUAUAAAGCUAAAUUAGUUAAAUUAGCAGAUAAGUUAUAUAAUCUUAGAGACCUUGAACAAAAUACUCCUGUUGGUUGGACACCGGAAAGAGUAAAAGAAUAUUUUAAGUGGUCCAAAGCUGUAAUAGAUGGAUGUCGUAGAACUAAUCUUAAUCUAGAAACAGAACUAGACAAAAUAUUUGCAAACCGCAUAGCUCAUGAUAGAGAAAGCUGUGAAUGUAAAAAACCAUCAUCAUGGGAGAAUUUAUUAAACUUAAACUAAAAUUGAAUGAUUUAAGAAAUGAAAAUAUAUUUUGAAUGCUAAUAACAAUAUACAAUAGUUUAAAAAAAAUGAA